CGACAACUCCCACCUCCUAAGUUAUGUGGGAGUCAUCGGCCUAUUCUAGGACUAGCGCCCAUCACAGACGACGUUGGGACGGCACAAAAAUGAGCAAAAAAACCAUGACUCGCCAUUGUCCUACGACAAAGGCAUAGUACGUCGUCAUAUACGAAAUCAUGAAUUGGGAUACCAUCUGCUUCAAUGGAAGCGCUUUUAUAGCGGGCCUUUUCCUUCUCGAAUUUGGUGCGGACCGCUUCAUCGACCACACGGCGAUAGUCGCUACCCGGCUCGGCGUCUCACAGACGUUGAUAGCAUUGCUCACAGCAGGGGCAGAAUGGGAAGAGCUUGUCGUCGUCGUGGCUUCUGUCCUCCAAAAUCGCUCUUCGCUCGCAAUAGGCAAUGUCGUCGGAUCCUCAAUCUCAAAUAUCCUGGGCGCAUUCUCCUUAGGCCUCCUAUUCUACCCGGGCCGAAUGGUUUUUGAUCGAAGCGCCAAGUUGUAUGCAGCUAUACUAUUUCUAAUCACCACGGUGUUUACCGUUGUAGCUCUGACGACAGGCCUCGGCAAGGUCGUGGGAGGCCUUUUCAUCGCAGCGUUUGCAGUGUAUUUGGUGUCAAUCGGCUACGGUAUUUAUAGGGGCGUGCUAGAUGCCCCAGAGCGCCUGGAUAGCGACAGCGAAAGCGACAGCGACGAUGACGAAGGCGCCAAUGGCAGCGACUCAGAGGCACAGCGUCUACCUGCUGAAACAUCGCCUCUUCUCGCCAACGGAGCUCAGGGGAAUCGUUCCACGCACAAGCACAGUCUUCUCUAUCACAGUGCCCAGCUCGUCCUCGGCUUUCUGGCACUGUCACUAUCGGGCUAUGUUCUUUCCCACACCGCCGCCUCGAUCGCUGACGAGUUCGGAUUAUCCAACACAGUCGUUGGCGUCACUGUUUUGUCAUUCGCCACCACAUUGCCUGAAAAGUUCGUGGCUGUUAUCGGUGGCGCACGAGGGCAUGGCGGUAUCGUUGCUGCAAGUACGGCGGGAAGUAAUAUCUUCCUCCUUACCCUAUGUCUUGGGGUAACGCUGGUGGCGGGCGAUCAGGUGGAGCUUGCGGAUUCGGUGGUGCCAUUCGAGUUGCUUGUUACUUGGGCUUCAUCGGCGCUAUUUUGCUUGCUUGUAUUCACAGGAUCAGAGCGCUGGGUUGGUGGUUUACUAUUGGUGUUGUAUGUUGUGUUUAUCGUGUUGGAGUUCACGGUAUAUAGAAGAUGAGCCAUAAGCUAUAACUGUGACGUAUAGAUAUGUAGAAAACAUGUCUAAUCUAUCUAGAUUAAAUAGCAACACUAGAGAAAUGGGGGGCUACGGGUAUGUCGAAGAGAAUAAAAUUAAUUGACAUGCCCGGUUAUAUAAGGA